AUUUUUACGGCAAAAGCACCGACUGUACUGGUAAACGUUUCAUUCACAAUAGAACGUUUGUUUUGUGCCGCUAGGUGGCGCUAUACCACAAAACACACAAAUUUCUCCCGCGAAGCAGGUAUGUCGGACAAAGAAGAAAUCGAGUCAGGAUCAGUCCUAAAAAGACCAAAAUCACUUCCACAAAAUGGCAAUCAGAAUACUGCCUCAGGUGAUGAAAAUUCUUUAGAACUCGACGAUGGGCAAAGUGAGGCCAGCACCCCGACUGCGGAGAGCAACUCACGCUCCGAUACACCUACAGGAUCGACCACUGGCAGUUUCAACCGCAAGAGUAACCGCGGCCGGUGGCGCUCCACUAAGAACAAGCUCCAGUACAAGUGUAACGGGUCCCUGAAGGAGGACCACGGCCUACCCAUCUUUGGGGUGACCUUCAACCCCUUCUACAAGGAGGGGGACGCCCUGGUCUUUGCCACGGUGGGCAGCAAUCGCGUGUCGGUCUACGAGCUGGUAGAGGGUGGGGGAAUGAAACUUCUACAGAGCUACAUCGAUGCUGAUUCUGAUGAGAGUUUCUACACCUGCGCCUGGUCCUACGAGGAGAAGACGGGCUUGCCAUUGCUCGCUGUGGCAGGGUCGCGAGGAACCAUCCGCCUCAUCAGCCCGAUCACCAUGCAGUGUGUUAAGCACUACAUAGCCCAUGGUAACGCAGUCAACGAACUCAAGUUUCAUCCCAAGGAUUGUAACCUGCUGCUGUCAGUCAGCAAGGAUCAUUCAGUGCGACUGUGGAACAUUCAGACGGACAGCCUGGUUAUCGUGUUUGGUGGUGUGGAAGGACACAGGGACGAGGUAUUAAGUGCGGAUUUUGACAUUGAUGGAACGAAGAUGGUGUCAUGCGGCAUGGACCAUUCUCUCAAGAUGUGGCACCUGAUGACCUCUAUGGUCCAGGAAGCCAUCAGUAGCUCUUACGAAUACAGCGCCAGCAAGACAGACCGUCCAUUCAAGACACUUUUCGUCAACACACCCGACUUCUCCACCAGGGACAUACAUCGCAACUACGUUGACUGUGUACGCUGGUUGGGAGAAUUUGUUUUGUCCAAGUCAUGCGAGAACUGCAUAGUUUGUUGGAAGCCAGGCUCCCUGUCGGAUACCUUAGAGGAUCUCAAGCCAUCUGACUCCAGGGUCACAGUACUGCACAAGUUUGAGUAUGCUCAGUGCGAUAUCUGGUUCAUGCGAUUUAGCAUGGACUACUCACAAAAGAUUUUGGCCCUUGGGAACCAGGUUGGCAAGCUGUACGUGUGGGAUCUCGACGUUGAGGACCCGUCCAAGACAAGGUGCACAAAGUUGACUCACCCGAAGUGCCUCUCUGCCAUCCGACAGACGACCCUGUCCCGAGACGGAACAGUCAUAAUCAGUGUGUGCGACAACAGCACCGUCUGGAGAUGGGACAGAAUUCGCUGACGAGUAUCCCUGGCAACUGAGAACAUGUAUCUCAGUGGAGGUCUAGAGGCCAGCGCUUGUUAACACAAAAACUUCAUUCCUGCAUCAUUUAAGUGGUUGCAAGAUCAAACAUGUGCGAGCUCACCAACUCCGGAGCUAGCAUGCAUUUGGAUUGGCAUUUUUAAGUCCAGUUGAUAGGGUGUACAAAUCUUGCCCAGGAAAGCAAGGAAGAUUUUGACAGGGCCACAAGCAGCCAGUUAGUCUGUUAAUCCAAAUCACGAACAGUAGACAAAUGUGUUAUAGGUGGGGGUGCACUACUUCUCAAACUCUGGCUAGUUCAUCACUUUUUGCUAAGCUCUUGGAUAAUGUAUUAUACACAACAGUUUUUACUGGGUUAUUUUUGGAGUUGACUUUUUAAAUAAAGAUAAAAAAGUACUUGUUUUUGUCUACGCCGUCUUUUUUGUAUAUCCUGCCCAACUUACUGCUUACAUACAAUGUUAGAAAGUAAGAAACUGGCCAAUUUCUUUCCAAUAAAAACGUAGGUCCACAGACCAAACACA